GAUCACUAUUCAUCGGCCUGAGCACGGAGUUGAAAUCUUGAGAUUCAUCAGUGCAUGUUUGCCCUUCUUGUGGAGUGUUUGUAUUAUUUGUUCGUGCCCGAAAAUGUCUACAAUUGCGCCGCCUGUAGAUGAUUUCACACCACGAAAUUUUCAAAAGGAAAUGUUGAAAAUAUGCCUACAGAAAAACACGAUCAUCUAUCUACCGACUGGUGCUGGGAAAACGCACAUCGCCCUCAUGGCGAUAAAGGAACUAGCCAAGGGAGCUGGUCUGGACAGACCAUUAACGGAGGGUGGUAAACGGACCUUCUUCGUCGUGAACACCGUGGCGUUGGCCAAGCAGCAGCGUGACUUUAUAGACAAAAAUGUACCGUACGACACAACAGUCUACACCAGUGACCGAAACAUCGACGCUUGGAAGGGGAACAAGUGGCUAGAGGAAUUCGCCAAGUACCAGAUCAUCAUAUGUACGGUGCAAAUAUUGUUGGACAUCCUCAAGCAUGGGUACCUGUCGCUAAAGCACAUCAAUUUGCUCAUCUUCGACGAGUGCCAUCAUGGCCUGGGCGAUCAUCCCAUGCACGGUGUGAUGGAGAUGUUUUUGAAGGUGCCGAAGGCCGACCAACCUCGGGUCAUCGGUUUGAGUGGAAUGUUACUGUACAGGUCGCUUAAAACCGUCGAUGCAGUAAAAGAGGAGCUUUUAAAGCUGGAAAAUACCUUCUAUUCGACAAUUGCUACUGUGGGAUCGUACGAUAAGUACACAGAAGUGUGUCAAUUCUCAACUGACCCGAACGAGCAGCUUUUGCCGUAUUCCGUAACCAUGCCGUCAUUAGUAGAACAGGAAAUAACUGCUUCCGUUAACUCAUUUCUGACCACUGUUGUUCAAUACCAUCUACCAAAAUAUUCGAAUGUUAGCAAAGCCCUUCUACCAACUAUGCCGAAACCAAAAAAAGAGAUUGAAAAAAUGAUGAAAGAGGUGCUAUAUCAGAUAAGCGACCUAGGUUUAUUCGGUGGAUCAAUCGCUGUUCUCGGUGCGAUUAUAAAAUUUGAAAUGUCCAAACGCACUUCCGACUCCCUGGGUUUGCGAACGCUUUUUCGCUACUGUAUUACGUUUUGUGAAAGCCUCCACCACAAAAUAAACCGACAUAUGGAGGGAAUGACGGUUGAGGACAAAGUUUACAACUUUUCUUCCAUUAAACUGCGCCAACUGAUGAAAUACCUGAAGGAAUCAUCCUCAAAAACGGAGACAAAGACUCUAAUAUUUGUGGAAAGACGGUACUCAGCUAAAGUCUUAUAUCACAUGUUAAAGAUGUAUUUUUCGAACAGUGAAGCCACCGAUUCUAUUAUUCCGGACUUUAUAGUAGGCAGUAAUGCUUUUAUACCUGAAUCAAUUGAAUCCAUACUUUGUGCUCAACGAGAUCGUAAGGUCCUUCACAGAUUUUCGAGGGGGGAAACGAACACCAUCGUUACCACCAGCGUUCUUGAGGAAGGCAUAGACCUUCAAAUGUGUAAUACGGUUAUCAAGUUUGAUAAACCCAAAACAUUUGCGUCCUAUGAACAGUCGAAAGGGCGCGCAAGGAUGAAGAACUCCAACUACUGUAUCAUGCUGAACGCGACAGACCGGAGAGAGUUCUUGGAAAAAUACACCUUCUAUAAGCAGCUGGAAAAAGAGCUACAAACGAGCUUGAUCGGGAAGACCAUCAACCGACCGGAUCCGCUAGAUAGCGAUGUAUACGAAGAGUUAAACAACGAAUCGAUUCCCCCAUUUUUCACCAAAAAGGGAGCCAAACUAGAUGCUCUCUCGGCCAUCCAGCUACUCAACCGGUACUGCAUGACCAUGCCGCGGGAUGCCUUCACAAACACCAAUAUCAGUUGGGAACGUAAGGACCUGCCGAGUGGGAAAGUUCUCGUCCAAAUAAUGCUUCCGCUGCAAUCUACGGUGCGUGAUAAAAUUGCGGGCCAACCAUCUGUCAGCAUCAAGCAAGCCAAACGGUCCGCUGCAUUCGAAGCCUGUCGGAAGCUUUACGAAGCCGGGGAACUCAACGAGCAUCUGGUCCCGAUCGAUGCCAAGCGUCAGUUGAUAAACGUUGAAAGUACCUACUUCGAGCACUGGAAGGAAUUUUCCGCAGAUUCAUCCAAAGAGGCAGGAACCAACAAGAGCGUACGAAGCCAUGCAAUAAAAUAUCCUCAACAAACUGCUGGAUGUUUUCCUCAAGCCGGGAAACCGUGCUUCAUCUACGUGCUUCGCAUGGACGCUGGAUUUUCCGAUGAAACCAACGAAAAUGUUGAGGUAUUCCGUAGUUUGUUCAACAACAGUAAUAACUACGGUAUUAUGACAACAAAACCGCUGCCACGAUUGGCCAAAAUGAAAUUUUUCAUAACGCUUGGACUCAUCAACGUGCAGGUGGACGAACAUCCAAUAACGCUCUCUGACGCGGGGAGCGAUGUAGAACUAGAAAUGCUACGAAAUUUCCAUGUAACCCUCUUCCAGGAUGUGUUGAAAUUGUGGAAACAGUUUCUGGUAUACGAUUACUCCAAUGGGAACGACAGUUACCUCAUUGUUCCUAUGAAAGGGUCCACCGGUAUCGAUUGGGAGUUGGUGCGUAGUUUUCAGUUCAUGGAAGAGGCCCCGACCGAACUGACGACUGUGGCUCGUGCUAGGAUGAAUUUUGAUCCGGACCAGUACCGGCAUAGUGUCGUGCUUCCGUGGUACAAAAACAAUCAGGACUGCAAAUACGUCGUCACACAGGUGCACGAACAUCUGACACCCCAGAGUGCCUUUCCGAAUCCGGAAUAUAGUUCAUAUGAAGAUUAUUUUGUCAGAUCCUAUCACCUGUCAGUGGUCCGGAAGGAUCAAUUUUUGAUAGAAGUGAAAGGUAUAACCACAAGCUUAAACCGCCUAAAUCCGGGCUCAGAAAUGGAUGGCAAAAGCGCCAGAUCUAAGCACUGGCGUUUUAGCGAAAAAUUGAUCCCGGAACUUUGCCACAAUUAUCAGUUCCCUGCGGAUUACUGGCUUCAGGCCACAAUUCUACCAAGCGUUUUGCACCGUUUGCAUUAUUUGCUACUAUCGGAAAACAUUCGCGUCGAAUUGGCCACGGCGGUGAAAGUUGGCUGUCUCCAAAAUGCUGUGAUUGAAGAUUUAGAUGUCGAAUUCCAGCGAUCAAAAACGGUAGAUAUUGAUUCGAUUAAUACAAAGUACAAUGACGAUGACGACAAUGAUGAUGAGGAUGAUGAUGACGAUGACGAUGAAGAUGCAGAAAUGAUUAACGAUAAUGAUCUGCCGAAGGCAAUCGAUCUAAAGCAACUUAUGUGUACUCAAAUAGAACCACUCACGAUGGAAGCCGGAAUCCCAUGGUCAGCGGAAGAGGAACCCAUGGAUAUCGACAGAAAUUGGGAUAACACCACCAAGCUGGACUUGGACUAUUACGAUACUUUCAUUAGAAAAUUUGAUGGCUUGAAUAUUGUUGAUCAGGUCUCAGAUAAUAUCCAUGCUUCCUAUAAAGAGGAAUACUAUGCUGCCAGCCCGCAAAAGAAAGCUAUCGUCGAUGCACCAUUGCAGGAAAAAUUUAAGAUAAGCCUUUUGGAAAAAACGCCUCAAAGCACGGCGAAUGUGUCUCUACAGCAAAAAGAUAUCAUUAAGGCGUUAACGGCAAAAAAAUCAAGCGACGUGUUCGACUUAGAAAGAUUCGAACUGCUGGGUGAUGCAUUCUUAAAAUUCGCAACGUCGUUCUAUUUGCUGAAAGCUCAUCCUGAUUGGCACGAAGGGUUCCUGACUGUAGUCAAGGGUCAAAUCGUGUCGAAUCGUAACUUAGUUUACUGUGCAAUGCGGAUGGGAUUGCCGGGAAUGUUGAAAGUUCAUCCGUUCGAUCCGAGAAACGACUGGCAACCGCCCCUGGCUACGGUUCCGAAGAACAUUAUCCAGAUGUUAGUCGAGGGUCAUCACCAAAGUAUUGCCUUGUAUCAGCUAGAGUUGGACGAAGUGGAGAAAAAAACAGGUGCAAUGCACAGCGAAAAUGUUUCGCAUUUCAUCGGACAAUUGGAUACGACCCCCAACCCGUACCCCGAUAUUUCAUCGAUGCAAAAUUAUCUUGGUCGACAAUCAAUGGGCGACAAAACACCUGCAGAUGCCAUGGAAGCGCUUUUGGGUGUUUGCCUCAAUGCUGUAGGGACAGAACGCAGUUUCAAUUUACUGCCUUUCCUAGGAAUACUGCCAAAACAAGAUCUAUCUGGGCUUCUGAAAGAUAAAAUCUGCAGUCGGAAUCUCUUAACCGGUAUCAACAAUCGCGAAGUAGAUGAUUUUAUUCCACAGUACCCCCGUAUUGAGAAAGUGCUCGGGUACACAUUCAAGAACCGCGCCUACCUUCUCCAAGCUCUGACCCAUGCGUCGUACCCAACGAAUCGAAUAACCGGCUCCUACCAACAGCUGGAAUUUCUGGGGGAUGCCGUACUGGACUAUUUGGUGGUCAAUUAUACCUUCGAAAGGAACCCCACUAUGAGUCCCGGUCAGCUGACGGAUUUGCGUUCGGCUCUUGUAAAUAAUGUGACCUUGGCAUGUAUACUGGUACGUCAUGGCCUGCACAUGUACAUUCUUUCCGAUUCGGCCAGCUUUUCCGAUGCGGUCAGUCGGUUUGUAGUCUUCCAGGAAAAACAGCGCCACAGAAUCACCGAUCAAGUGAACUUGCUGGUUGAGGAAGUGGCUCCGUUUGCCGAAUUCGUCGAUGUACCGAAAGCUCUUGGGGAUGUUUUCGAAAGUUUGAUCGGAGCGGUGUUCCUCGACAGUGGAAACGAUCUUCAAACGGCUUGGAACGUGAUCUACGGUUUAAUGCAUGCUGAAAUUCUAGAAUUCACAGAGAAAACACCAAUCCAAGUCGUACGUCAACUUUACGAGUUUACACCCGAUUGUCAUCCGGUGUUUAGCAAACCCAUCGUGGAUGAUGAUGUGGUUAUGGUGAAAUGCAGUUUCAAAAUGCGUGGCGUGAAAAAAACUUCUUAUGGAUUCGGGACGAAUAAGGAUGACGCUAAACGUGCAGCGGCAAAGGGAGCCUUAAGAGAGUUGCGUUUUAAGCAAUAAAGGCAAGCUGAGCGACUUGUUCGGUACCGAAUGACAAUUUGUUAUCACCUUCGAGACUGGAGUGCAAAUGUGAUGUAACCGUACUAAUGUUACAUGAUUAGGAAAUCCUAAGAAUAAUCGAAUAUGUUCUUUAUAAAUAUUUACAAAUAAAACCUCGGUUACUCUAUACAAA